GCCUGCCAGAGACACAGCGGGAGCUCGCCUCGCCCCCCCUCGCCUUCGCCGCCCCGUCACGUGAACAACGCGGUCCAAUCAGAGUCCGUGUUGUCGCGGCCGGACGCCAUUGCUGCUGUCAGAGAGGCGAAGCUCUGGUCAGUGUGUGUGUGAGAAAGACGAGCGGCGGGAGAGCCCAGAAGCCGAGACGUCCAGUGAGCCCCCCGGGGAGGCGGGCCGAGCGCAGGCCCCACGGAGAGGCCCGGAUCUGUGGGCACGGAGUGAGGACGCUGCUGGACUAGGCCCCUGAGGCCUCCUACUGUGACACGGGGCGGGCUCCCCCUCAGCCCCGAUUACUGUGUGUCUCCCGCCGCCUGCCCGGGCAGAGAAGAGCCGGCCCCCCCUUGUGCUAGCGCCCAGCGGAUGUGACCGUGUAGGCGGGGGUGAGGGCCGCACCGGGGCCCCUGGCUGGAGCGCCCCUCUCCGGAGCCCUGGCACGGCGCAGUCUCCGCUCAGCAGCCUCCCCGGACUGGCCGUACUUUCCCUGAGAAGCGGGGGGAGGCCGCGGCGGGCGCUUCCUUCUUCCCCUCCUCUUCCUCUCACAUCCCCGGCCACGGCCGCCCCUCCCCCACCCGGGUGACUCAUUUUUCCGCGCCGGAUUAGCGGCCCCGUUCGGGCGCCUGGAGCCCUCCUCCUCCUUCCUCUAGGCCGAGGACAUGGUGGGCUCUGGCUGGCCUCUGUGAUUCGUCAUCCCCGCUGUGUGUGUGCUGUGCCCCCCUCCCAGCAGCAGCCAUAGGAAGGAUCGGCCUGGGCCUGCUCUGCAGCCUGCCCCCCUUCUCGGAUCGGAUCCAGGAUUUCAGCUCUCAGACAUGCCCAGCUCUGCUAGCCAGGCACCUGGAGGAUCAUGACUGCGGCGGCGAACUGGGCAGCCAACGGGGCGAGCCUGGAGGACUGUCACUCUAACCUCUUCUCUCUGGCUGAAUUAACUGGCAUCAAAUGGCGUCGCUACAAAUUCCAAGGCCAUGGCGACUGCAGUCCUAUCAUCUCUGCUCCAGCCCAAGACGACCCCAUUCUCUUGAGCUUCAUCCGUUGCUUGCAGGCCAACCUGUUGUGUGUAUGGAGACGGGAUGUCACGCCUGACUGCAAAGAACUCUGGGUUUUCUGGUGGGGGGAUGAACCUAAUCUUGCUGAUGUUAUACACCAUGAGCUCACCAUGCAAGAGGAGGGACUGUGGGAUAAUGGUCUGUCCUAUGAGUGUCGGACACUACUUUUUAAGGCCAUUCACAACCUGUUAGAAAGGUGUUUGCUUGAUAAAAGUUUUGUGCGGAUUGGAAAAUGGUUUGUGAAGCCCAGUGAAAGAGAGGAAAAAUCAGUUUCAAAGAGCGAAAACCUCUCCUGCUCCUUUACUUUUUUCCUCCAUGGGGAAAGCAGUGUUUGCACAAGUGUAGAGAUUGCUCAGCACCAGCCAGUGUAUCUCAUCAACCAGCAACAUCUCCAGCUGGCGCAGACAUCCCAUACGCCAUGCCAAGUUAUUCUGAGCCCAUAUGGGUUGAGUGGAACACUUACUGGCCAUGCCUACAAAACAUCAGAUCCCACUACCCGCAGGCUGCUUGAGGAAUGGCGUCCUUUCUACCCUACAGUGCUCUCUGCAAGGAAGGAACAAAGGGAAGAUCAGGAAAUGCUUUAUGAUGAUGAUUUUCCGGCAGCAGUGGAAGUAAUUGUGGGUGGCGUUCGCAUGGUUUACCCCUCAGCAUUUGUUCUCAUGGCUCACAGUGACCUACCUGUUCCACCCAACACUGUGAAUACUGGGCACAGUGGCACAAGUACACAGCAAAAUACAGCUUUUACUAAAGAUCCUAGCCCAUGUCGGAUGCCCUUGACGCCACCCACAUCACCAGAUCAAAAUGCUCCUGGAGACAUCAGGUCUGUAACUACAAGUGGCAACAGCCAGUCAGCAGGGGACGGUGUAAGUAAUUUGAGGCACAGUCCGAAACGUCGAGGGAGAAGUUAUAUGAAGUUGCAUAGUCAUAUGGCGCAGAGAGCUUGGAGGGAAUGCAUCCUGAACAGAAGUCCAUCAAAGUCAAGCAUGCCCAACCAGCAAGAAGAAGCAGUGACGGUUAACAGAACACCUUGGGACUUUGUGGAUCCCAGCCAGAGAGUCAGCUGUGCAUGCUCCAGACACAAGUUGUCCAAGCAGCGUGGUGCACAAAAUGCAACUCGUCCGCCCUCUGUUUCCCAGGUUUGCAUGGGUGGAAACCCUUCUUCCAGCAACUCUUCCUUACAGCCUUCUGCAUCUUCCAAGCACAAACCUAAUGAUCGCCAAGAAAAGGCAGAUAAACUGCAGAAAAAGGCAACAACUCCAUUCCAUCAUCGACCAUCUCCAUCCCAGAGUGAACAAUGCAUGACACAGGAACAAACUGUGCAGCAACGCCAAGGAACAGAGCCUGCAGCUGGAACAACCACCUCCACUACAACAAACAGACAAUUCUCCAACAUUGCAUCUACAGGGGAACUAGAUCAACUAUUGCCAGUACCUCCUGUAGACUCCCCACAUUCACCUGCCUCCCCAAUGCCCCCUACUCUUAGCCCACAGCCUCCGCAACAAGAAGUUGAAAUUCCUGAUCAAGAAGUGGCAGUCUCAAAUCUUUAUCCUAAUGGUUUGGAAAUGCAACCACUUGAUGACAGGACGAUAAUGGCGGCUAAUCUUGGCCUGCCUCUUAUGACGGAAAUGAGUGAGACCAGUUUGUACUGUGCUGGUUUACCCCAGAAUCGGGAUACGGAGGACAGCUGGCAUGGUUACAAACUCCCAGCUGUUGGCAGUCAAGACUUUCGUCCACCAGAAAUCACAAGCGAGUGGUACGAGACUAAGCAAGAUGUGGGAUCUGAGAGCACUGCACUUAAAAGGCUUCUUUCUCAGCCCAACAAACGCUUUAAAGUCUUGGAUGAGAAGCGCCCGGUUGCAUCAGACCUUAGCUAUGUGGACCAGCUACCCCUACUUCUAUGUGAAGGCUUUGGGGACUCAACUGAUCCUUACACUUUUGAGGAUGGAGAUAUCAAGUACAGUUUCACCAACACAAACAAAAAAUGCAAGAUUGGAGCAGAACGGGAACUUUCUCGGAAGCAGAAGUCUGAUGAUGGGUAUGAGAAAGAUGCAUCUCCUACAGAACAUCCAGCACCAGUGCCUGAUGGGAAAGAUGCCAUGUCCAUUUUUAGCCCCACAUCAAAGUCAGACCCACGGCAGGACCGCGGGGUGGCAGCUAGCCUCACACAGGUCACUGAUCUGGCUCCUUCCCUCAAUGACCUGGACAACAUAUUUGAUAAUUCUGAAGAUGAGGACCUGGCUGGAUCACCAGGCACUCGUGCAAUGAAAGUUCCCUUGGGUGGGUCAGAAGAACGGAAUGUUGGCAAAGAUGGUAGAGCAACAGUUCCAUACCUACCAACAACAGCUGAUCUGCAGAGGAUGUUUCCAACCCCACCUUCCCUGGAGCAGCAUCCAGCCUUUUCCCCAAUCAUGAUGUACAAGGAUACCAUGGGCUCAGACACGGCAACAACUCUUGGUAUGAUGGAAAGUCCAAUGGUCAAUUUGGCCUCCAUGCAACAUGUAGAGUUCAAAAUGGAAAUUGAGGAAGGCCUAUGCAGUCCCAAGCCUGAGGAGAUUAAGGACUUUUCCUAUGUGUACAGAGUCCCUUCCUAUCAACCCUUUCUGGGUACCUCAAUGUUUGCACCACUUAAAUCAUUGCCCAGUCAGUGCCUGCUGUCCUUAAAAAUACCAGACGCCUGCAUAUAUCGACCUUCCUGGGCUGCCCCUCCGAAAAUUCAACACCUUCCUUUACCACCUGCUGCACCUUUUAACAGAGAUGGGUAUAUGAAUGUGCCAAGUGAAGGGAGUUUGACAGACCAAGAUUACCUGCAGCUCAACACUCCACAGACCAACACCCCUCUUGCUCCUUGCAGCACAGCUCCACCCAGCAAUGGGGGAACUGGUGGCGUCUUGCCUUCUCCAGCUACUCCCAGGUUUUCUGUUCCUACUCCCCGCACACCAAGAACUCCUAGAACUCCAAAAGGUGCUGGAGGAGCCAGUGGCCAAGGUUCAGUGAAGUAUGAUAGCACAGACCUCUGUUCUCCAGCUUCUACUCCAUCUACAACAAGGCCAUUGAGUUCUGUUGAGCCAGCCAGCAGUCAUCCAGCUCCUGAGGCCCACAGCCUUUAUGUUACUUUACUUCUGUCUGACUCAGUUCUAAACAUUUUUAAAGACAGAAACUUUGAUAGCUGUUGCAUAUGUGCCUGCAAUCUGAACAUCAAAGGAUCUGACGUAGGCCUCUACAUCCCAGACUCGUCAAAUGAAGACCAGUAUCGUUGCACCUGUGGCUUCAGUGCCAUUGUCAACCGUAAACUUGGGUAUCACUCGGGCCUGUUUAUAGAGGAUGAAAUGGACAUAUUUGGCAGAUCCUCUUACAUUGGGCAGGCAGUAGAGAGAAGACUGAACAUGAGAGAGGCAGCAAGGAGAAGUGAGGACCCUCCCCCACCUGCCCUUCUUUUGCUUUUGCAGAGUCAAUGCACUAGGCCUUUCACCAAUACUGGAGGAAGCUGGGACCUUUCCUGCAACAAAUCUGAGUAUUUUUUGGAAGGACCCAAUACUAACUUGGACAAAGUAAGGGUAGAGAGUUCAGAUGCUUGGCCAGAAUGCUUAAAUCUCUGUAGAUCUGAAGAAUCUCCAGAACCACUGCCCAUACCCAACCUCUUAGUUGGUUAUGACAAAGACUUCCUUACCAUAGCUCCAUUCUCUCUUCCCUUCUGGGAGCGUCUGCUUCUCGAGCCAUACGGUGGACAGCGAGAUGUAGGAUACUUGGUGUUAUGUCCAGAAAAUCCAGCCUUAGUAGAUGGAGCAAAAGCCUUCUUUAGUGAUUUGAGUGCAGUGUAUGAGAUGUGCCGCCUUGGCCAGCACAGACCAAUCUGUAAGGUUCUGUGUGAUGGGAUUAUGAAGGUUGGCUGCUCUACAAGUGAAGCAUCUGGUGAGGAUUCAGCCAAUGAAGACCUGGACAACCGCGCUCGUCUUCAAAUGUAUGCUCAAACCUGCCGGCAGCACCUAGCCCCCUAUCUUUCUUCUCUGCAACUGGACAACAGUCUGUUACUACCUCCUAAAAGCCAAGCUUGUUCAAGUACACAGAAUACAAGUCCUGCCGCACCUUCUGGUCCAUCCAACUCUGCACUCAGUUCUACUCCUAAUGGCACUGGCUCAGCACCACAGUCUUCAUCGUCUUCUACUCCCCCUGGGAAUGCCUCUGCUCCUGCAACAUUCAACACCUGCACAUCGCAGAAUUCUUCCAGUUCUGCCGAGCGCUCUGCAGUAAGCCAGCCCACUGUAGAGGUGGAAUCAAAUCCACCUUCCACACAACUAGAAACACCUGAAAGUACAACAGAAAGAGAGAAAAUUGGAAUCCCAACAGUGGCAGAGCCAGCUGCAAGCAUCACCUUAUCCCCAACUGUUGUAAUAUACAUGGUGGAUCCUUUUACAUAUACUUCAGAAGACGACUCACACACAGGAAACUUCUGGCUGCUGGGUCUAAUUCGGUGUUUUACUGACAUGCUGGAAAUUUUACCAGAACCACUUCGUGCUGCCUGUGUCUUGCAGGUGGUGCCAUGUCAGUAUCUACUGCAGACAGUUAAUGAUGAAACAUUCUCCUACAUCCAGCACUUGAAAUCUUUAGCUUUCUCUGUAUACUGCCAGUGUCAUCGGCCAGUUGCCUCCCAGAUUCCUAUCAAGCCACUUACUGGAUUUGGUCCAGCAGCUGCACUUAAUACAGUAUUGAAAUAUUCUGAGCAUCCAAUCCCAGGGCAACUAUACUCACCGCCAUUUCUGCUUGCCCCUACAAAAGACAAGCCGACAGAAGUAGGAGAAACAAUUGCUGAGGCUGGCCAGAAGUACAAUGUAUUAUUUGUAGGAUAUUGCCUGUCUCAUGACCAGCGUUGGCUCUUGGCAUCUUGUACUGACUUACAAGGAGAGCUGCUAGAGACUUGUGUUGUGAAUAUCCAUGUGCCCAAUAGGUUCAGAAGAAGCAAAGUUUCAGCACGGAAAAUUGGAUUACAAAAAUUGUGGGAGUGGUGUGUGGGACUAAUGCAGAUGACCUCUUUGCCCUGGAGAGUUGUAAUUGGGCGCCUAGGAAGACUAGGCCAUGGCGAGUUGAAAGACUGGAGUAUUUUGCUGGGGGAAUGCUCACUACAGAACAUUAGCCGUCAGCUGAAAGAAGCAUGUAGGAUGUGUGGUAUUUCUGCUGCAGACUCGCCAUCUAUUCUUAGUGCCUGCCUUGUAGCAAUGGAGCCACAGGGAUCAUUUAUUGUUAUGCCAGAUGCUGUUACAAUGGGAUCUGUCUUUGGUCGCAGCACAGCCUUGAAUCUGCAGACCUCUCAGCUCAGCACCCCACAAGAUGCAUCUUGUACCCACAUAUUAGUAUUUCCUACUUCAGCUACAAUCCAGGUUGCUCCUAGUCAUUAUCCACAUGAAGAUGGUUUUAAUAAUGAUGAUAUGUUUGAUCUACCAUUCCCGGACAUGCCUGACAUGGAAAAUGACCUAGGAAUUUUAAUCCAAGGAAAUCUACAUUCUCCACCUAACUCUUCUCCAGGAUCUCCAACAGGCAUUGGAGGUGGAUCACACUUUCAACAUAGUCGGAGUCAAGGAGAGAGGCUUCUUUCUAGGGAAACACCAGAGGAGCUCAAGCAGCAACCUUUGGCUCUUGGCUACUAUAUAUCCACAGCCAAAGCAGAAAACCUGCCUGAAUGGUUUUGGUCAUCAUGCCCACAAGCGCAAAACCAGUGCCCAUUAUUUUUAAAGGCUUCACUACAUCAUCAUAUUUCUAUCUCUCAAAAUGAUGACCUCAUACCUGCGCGCAAUUCACAACGAGUUCCUCAUCCUUUGGAUUCCAAAACCACAUCAGACGUUUUAAGGUUUGUGCUUGAGCAGUACAACGCCCUCUCAUGGUUGACGUGUAACCCAGCUACUCAGGACCGAACGUCAUGCCUACCUGUUCACCUCACGGUGCUCACACAAAUGUACAACAUGGUCAUGGACAUUCUCUGAAUACAUUCGUCCUGCCUUGACCAACAUUUUGAGUGCCCUGUGAUUGCCGUGUGUAAAGUCUGCUGUUGGACCUGUUGCAUGGAGGAUAUGCACUUCAUCUGAAACACUUGUUUCUGUGCAACACAAAAAUAUACACUAAGAAAUUGAACAGUACAAGCAAAUUCAUUCCUCUGACAGUGACAAAUACAUGGAUGGAUGUACGCAAGUCAGGGCCUAUGUAUACCUGCAGAAUAAUAAAUGAGGAGUCAGACUUAAAACUUCACACAAAGCAGCCUGGCAAUCCAGCAAUAGAACAAAGCAGCCUGCAGCUUUGAAGAAAGAACACAAUACAUUGACAUAUUCACUACUAAAAUAGACACGAUUGAUACACACAGUACAGCACUGGAGCAAACCUCACCAGUAUACAUCGUACAGGUGCAAAAGUCUUUACAGUACCAUGUUCAACUCCUUUAUUGUAUCAGCUUCUCAAAGCACUUCUAUACCGCUAAAUCAGCUUUCUUUUCUUGUAGCCAGACUAGGCCAACAAUAUUAUGAUUUUAUACAUGUUUUCUAUCCAGCUUUAUUUUGAUUCAUGCCCACUGUGUUGAUCACUAGUAGCAUUCUGACCGUAUGGAAAGUUUUGUGCCAAACCUGUCAGUAUUCUUCAUUCAGUAUAUGAUUAUUAGCCAAAAAGCGAAGGCCACAUAAUACGUUUUUCAGUGUUGAUCCCGUGUCAGAAGCUGAUCCAUUUCUGUUCUUCUUGGAAGUGACAAUCAGGUAGCUGUUUUCCUAAUGGUGAAAAAACAUUCCAUGGGCCUUGUAUUUGAAGCUACUUCUAAAACUAAAACUUUUUUGCAGUUUUUAAUCUUUUAAUAUCUUCAUGCAAUUUUAGUAAAUCAGAUUCCCGUAUCACCUACAUAAUAGGUCUUACCAGACAUCCAUUGCUGCUCACAACUGUAUCACUCUUCAAGGCUUGUUCUCGCGAGCAAUUACCUUGCCUUUACGUGAUGCACUGCUAGUGCAGUAUUUUUGAUCAAGCACCCUCAGUGAUAAACAAGUACUAUGCAGGCAUUUGGAUCUUUGUUCCUGUUGAUAAAAUAAUCUGCUCGGUACAGAGAAGUUGUUAAAUACACAUAAAGGCCUAAAAGGCUUGCAAACUAUGAAGGUGACCAAUUAGUAGUUUUUACGGUGCUAUGGAGCAGUAGCUAUUUAUACAGUUUGUUUUUGUGGUCACUUCAGUGUGUACUGAUCUUAAAUUAUAAGGGUGCAUAUCACCCCCAAUAAUACAAUAUUAGGCCCAAGCUACAUCUAGACUUUAGUACAGCAGAACAAUCUUUCUCAUGAUGGGGGUCAAAUUGUCCCGAUCACAGCAUUAUAUUGUGCCCACAUUGAGUUGCCAUUGCCAUGCAACACAGUAGAGGCAAUUCAACGUGGGACUGUAACCACCAGUGAGAAUUGAUCAAGUGAACCUAUAUUUUAUUUUUUUGUCUAGUCUGAGUAGUUGUAUCCUGUCAACUUGCCAAAACUGAAAUCCUAGCUGAAGUGGUUUACUUUAAUGGAGAAGCUGACACAAUACUCUGAAGGUCUCAUAUUUUGUGCAAUCCACACAUCUGAUCCUUUCUUCAGAAGACUGAGCUCGGUGGCAAUCCAAUACAAAGCAUGAAACAUACAGGCAGCUCUUUUCUCAAAUCCAUAUAUCCUUUAUAGAUAUUUAUGUGUUAUUUUUUUUUCAUCAUCAUUUACUAUUUAAAGUAGUAUUUGGUUUUAGCAUGGAGAAAGGCAAGUUAAAUGGCUCUUUUAUUUAAACGAAGACGCAGAACAAGUUAAGGAUGCUCUUGCACAACAUCAAUAGACAUCCAUUCUACAUUGGAAAUGUUAUUCUAAAUUUGAAAAAUUCAGACUUGUAAAGUUUUUGCCAGUUCUGGAAGGAAAAAAAACUGAUCUGUGACAAAGAUUAAAGAAUAAUGUAUUUGUAUAUAGAAAUAUAUAUCACUUUUUUAAGAAAAAUUGUAAAAGUUGUACAUUUCUCAAUGAACUAAUUUUUAAAGCAUUUACUGGCUGUGUUUUUCCAUUUUAUAUAUAAAAUAUAUAAAUAUAUAUAAAUAUAAAUAUUAUAUAUACACACAUUUACAAAUAUCUAUAAAUAGCCGUAAAACUGAAUAUGGGAAAUGAAGCCCUGCCAGAAACACAUAAAAGGAGGAAAACUUUUCUGGAGUUCCAAAAUAAAUUUUAAUCUCGCCUCUGGUACCUCUCAUUCAGAAAGACUUUGAUAAAAAAAAUACAAAAAAAAAAAAAAACACAAAACAAAAAAGAAACAAUGGAAAAAAACAGAAGUUACGAGUUAAAGGUUCUUCAAUAUAAAUGUGCUUCAUAUAUACCUUGUGAACAAAAGGUCUAUACUUUUACACACUUUUUUUAGAUGAAUA